AUGCAUUUAAAAUCCGGAUUAGUGGCAGUGCUGCUUCUGGCUCUGGUGAAUGCUGAGCCAUUUAAGUUCGACAAUUACCGAGUGUACACAAUUGCUGUGCAGAAUGAUGAUCAGUUGAAUGCACUAAAAGGACUCAAAACUGGACCUCGAUUUUACGAAUUCAUCGAUGAACCCAAGAAAAGUGGACAAGAAAUUGACAUUAUUGUUCCACCUGAAUUGCACAAUGAAUUCGAAUCUUUGGUAAAAGAGCAAGAACUCAAGAUUGAGUUGUCAAUUCCGGACCUUCAGAAGCUCAUUGACCGCGAAAGACCCAACAAAUUCGCAUCCAAAGCCGCUGAGGAUUUCGGCUGGGAAGAUUAUCACAGUGUUGAAACCAUUCACGAGUGGUUGUAUUCUCUGGAGGAGCAAUACGAAGAAGUCACUGUGAUCAAAGGCGGAACCACUUUCGAGGGCCGUGAAAUCCUGGGUGUCAACAUCAAUAGAAAUCCUGGACAAAAUCCGGGAAUUUUCAUUGAGGCAAACAUCCACGCUCGUGAAUGGAUCACUCAUGCUUCAACGACUUGGAUCAUUAACAAAUUGCUCACAGCCACAGCUGAUGAGCCCGGAAUUUUUGAUAUUGCUAACAACGUCAACUGGUACAUCUUCCCACUGGUCAACGUUGAUGGAUACCAGUACACUCGAGAUCACUAUAGGCUCUGGAGAAAGACCAGGUCUACCCAAGGUUUAAUUUGCCAGGGUGUGGAUCCUAACAGGAACUGGGGCGGAUACUGGGAGAAGGGAGGAAUCGGUUCAUCCGACAGUAUGUGCAGUGAUACGUUUGCUGGAUCUGAGGAAUUCUCGGAAGUUGAGACUCGCACUCUAUCUGAAUACGUUCUGAGUGUCAGGGAUAACUUGAACAUCUAUUUGGCAUUCCACUCUGCUGCGCAAAUGAUCCUGAUGCCUUGGGGACACACCACGGACUUCAUUGAAGACCACAACAACCAAAUAGAACUACUGGAAUACACCGUGAAUGCCCUCACUGCACGCCACGGAACCGAAUAUACAUAUGGACCCACAUAUACUACCAUUUAUCCCACAACUGGAACGUCUUCUGAUUGGGCUUUCUACGCUCUGGGAGUCCCUGGCUUCACGUAUGAAUUCCGUGGCAGAAACACCGAAACUGGCGAGAGAUACUCAUUUGUCGCACCACCUGAUCAGAUUCAACCGAAUGCCGAAGAGGUGCUGGAUUCAUUGGUUGCCCUGGUGCAGAAAUCACGCGAAUUGGGCUAUAUGUAGACUAAUCAUGAGAUGGUGAAAAUUUAUGACUUCCUUACAUAACACAUCGAAAAGAGAUAAAUAUCUGUUGAGUAAAAAUUUAUGAUAACCCAAUCAUGCUAUUUUCAAGUGUAUUCCCAAAGAACCAACCCCUUAUGGCCCUCUCGCACACAAACAACUUGUCAAGCCGGCACUGCAAUUGUUUAAACUAAUCUUGAUACUGAUAUUGACCAUGAAAAGAAAAAUUAUGACAUACAAUCGAAAUGAGAUACAAUCGACAGAGAGAGAUAGUAGUUGAGAAUAAAGUAUAAAAGAGUAUGACUUAGUCAC